CUGGUCUGGAUCUCACUUCCCUCCCUUUGGUACCUCCCAGCAUCCUCAUCCUCUGAAGAGCAAGGGUUCAGGUAAGUUCCCUGGAUGGUGACUGGCAGGGGCAGCUGUCCUCUCACCUGCAGCAAUGACUGCCCCUCCCCAUCUCAAACACACAAGCUCAGGCGUGCAGGACUGGAGCCCUUGGGGACGUGUGGCCCGAAGAUUCAGGACGUACAGGGCUCAGGGCGUGCAGUGGAAUGAACUGGGCUUCAUCUCUGGAAGGGGAAGGGGCCAUCUUCUGGGUUCACCGCCGCAUCCCCACCUCUGGCACAGCGCCUCCUGGCGACUAACAUCGGUGACUUAUUGAAAGUACUAAGAACGACCCGAGGCCGGGAGAGGCCGAUUUCGAGCCGCCACGUGGAGAACCGCUAGGGACGGUGAGCCGGGCCUAGCGGUGGUCGCUGGAAGAGCCGUUAGAGUCGCCCAACGGUUCGGUCCCGCAGGGCGGAGCCGAGCCAGGCGGUGACGUCUCCACUCGGGGCGGAGCCGCAGCUUCGUGGGGACGAGGCCUGGCGCCGGCGGUGACGUCACAAAAGGCGGGACAGUGUCCGAGAAUUCAGGCACGUAGCUCAGCGCGGCAGCGGCGCGUGCGGCUGUGUCUCUGCGUGAUCUCCUGGUCCCUCUGCCAUCAUGCCGAUGUUCAUCGUAAACACCAACGUGCCCCGGGCCUCUGUGCCGGACGGGUUCCUCUCCGAGCUCACCCAACAGCUGGCGCAGGCCACCGGCAAGCCGCCCCAGUACAUCGCGGUGCACGUGGUCCCGGACCAGCUCAUGGCCUUCGGCGGCUCCAGCGAGCCGUGCGCGCUCUGCAGCCUGCACAGCAUCGGCAAGAUAGGCGGCGCGCAGAACCGCUCCUACAGCAAGUUACUGUGUGGCCUGCUGGCCGAGCGCCUGCGCAUCAGCCCGGACAGGGUCUACAUCAACUAUUACGACAUGAACGCGGCAAACGUGGGCUGGAACAACUCCACCUUCGCCUAAGAGCCGCGCCCAGCCUCUCCCUGCACUGUCUGCACUGGCCCGACCCGGGAACCCGCCUCGCCCUGUAUUCUAGGCUCGCCCGUCUCCACCUUCUGGUGGGGAGAAAUAAAUGGUUUAGAGAAAGUU